AUGAGACGAGUGUCGUACAAGAAAACUAGUAUUCUUUCACGUAUUCGAUUCCAAACAUUUGUUCGGUGGCCGAUAUUUGAAACUGUCCCAAGCAUCGAUGACUGUGGCAGCAGUCACUACACCAGCACGGGGUCGCUUAGCACAUCGAGUCCGUAUCUCAACAAUCAACAGUGCUACUACUUUAUAAAAUUACCCAACGUCAAUUUUGUGACUUUUACUUUCACCGAGUUCAACGUAGAAGAGAGAAAAGAUUUCCUUUUCAUCGGGUCUGGUGCGCGGGCAGAUAUAAACAGACCGCUAGCGAAACUCACCGGGACGACGUUACCCGACCCGUAUACCGUGUUAUCGAAUCAAGUGUGGUUAAUUUUUUACUCCGGUAACAGUGUGACUCUCGACGGAUGGAGCUUAUCUUACGAGGCUAGUUUCUCAAUAUGUGAGAACGGCCCUUGUCAAAAUGGCGGGACGUGCACGUCAACCGAGGAGAGUCCGUACUAUACAUGUUCUUGCACCGUGGACUACGUAGGCGACGAUUGUGAAAUCACAGUCAGACCAUGCGAUAGUGACCCCUGUCAAAACGACGCUGUAUGCUCGCGUAUCGAGGCAACGGGAGGUUACUUUUGCCAGUGCAAACAAGGCACCCAGGGCACAAACUGCGAAAACGUGAUUGGCGCCUGUGCAAGUGACCCGUGUUUAAACCAUGGUACAUGCUACGAAAUCACCGGCACCUCAAGCUAUGUCUGUUCGUGUACAGCCGAUUAUCAGGGUACAAAUUGCGAAAUAGGAAGUGGACUAUGCGGCUCCAAUCCGUGUCAAAAUGGCGGAGUGUGUUCAGAUGAAGGAGAUCAUUAUAGAUGCGAAUGUCCCGAUACCUUCGUUGGAACAAACUGUGAAGAAGUAUUCACGUUAACUCCAUGCGAAAGCAACCCUUGCCAGAACGGUGGAGCAUGUACGGAAGUUGGUCAUAAGUACACGUGUGCAUGCAUUGGAGGUUGGGAAGGAUCUACCUGUAGUAUUGGUGAUCCAUGUUUGAGUAAUCCGUGUCAGAAUGGCGGAGAAUGUGACUCUAAUGAGGACCAAACCUACUUCGUGUGUCAAUGCACAGAUGAUUGGACCGGCGAGACUUGCAGCCAAGCUGUAAAUCCCGGAACGAAUCCAUGUGAAAGCUCUCCAUGUUUAAAUGGUGGGGCAUGCUCAACAAAUGCUGACAACACGGCAUACACCUGUGCUUGCCCCCAAGGGUUCAUCGGAAUUCGGUGCGAGCUUGAAUCGUCAAAUCCAUGCGAAAGUCUCCCGUGUCAAAACGCGGGGGCGUGUACCCCAAAUAGUGACUAUGACAGCUAUAUUUGCUCCUGCGUCAAUGGAUAUACAGGCGAUCAUUGCCAAAUCCCUUCUGAUCCAUGUCUGAGCACACCGUGCCUGAACGGCGGUACCUGCAGCUCGUAUAACAACAAUGAGGAAUUCGUCUGUCAGUGCCUUUCUCCGUGGACUGGAGACAGAUGCGAAACAGUUCGAAAUAAUCUAUGCAACCCCAAUCCCUGUCAGAAUGGUGCUACAUGCAUGUUAUCUGGAACCUAUUAUUCUUGUUCAUGCCGGGCUGGCUUUUACGGCCAGAAUUGUGCUUUCUCAGAUGCAUGCUACAGCUUUCCUUGCCAAAAUGGUGGCACGUGCAUCAAAAAUGGAAACUCUUACAUCUGUUCGUGUUCAUCCAAUUAUUACGGCACUAAUUGUGAGAAUCAAGUAUCACCGAACCCAUGCGCCAAUAACCCCUGUCAAAAUGGAGGGCAGUGCAUUAGUUACACUACGUCGUAUGCGUGUUCAUGCCCGUCAGGCUACAGUGGACAGAACUGUGAAGUUGUAUCCAACAAGUGCCUGAGUUCUCCUUGUCAAAAUGGUGGAGUGUGUAUCAACUACAAUUCGUACUACCAGUGUUCGUGCUCUUUUGGAUACACCGGUACAAACUGUCAAGUUGUGACCAGCUUGCCGUGCAACAGUAACCCUUGCCUGAAUGGAGGGCAGUGUAUAGACUACACCAGUUCCUACAACUGUCUGUGUGCAUCGGGUUAUUCGGGUACGCGAUGUGAGAUACAAACUAGCAGUGCUUGUAGCAGCUCACCUUGUUAUAAUAGUGGUACGUGCCAGGACUAUGGUGGUUAUUACUUAUGUUCCUGCCAAAAUGGGUAUAUUGGUAAUCGUUGUGAAACAUAUGUAGGAACGCCAUGCAGCACAAAUCCAUGUCAGAAUGGAGGCAUAUGUCAAGUAAUAGGAUCAUCGUACUCGUGCACAUGUAUCAAUAACUACAGUGGUAGCAACUGUCAAAUACAACCAUCUUACGAUUUCUGCAGUAGUGACCCAUGCCUGAAUGGUGGAUUCUGUGUAAACCAUGUUGACUUUUACAUCUGCAAUUGUCCUAUCGGUUACCAGGGACAGAAUUGCCAAACAGCUCCGGGCGCAUGCGCGGCUGAUCCAUGCUACAAUAACGGACAAUGUGUGGAAAUGGGAAACACCUACUAUUGCGAAUGUCCGACUGGAUACACAGGCGACAACUGCGAACUUGCCAAUCCUUGCCUAUCCAGUCCUUGCGUCAACGGAGAGUGUGUCAGUUUCAUAGCUUACUACACGUGUAAUUGUCCAGCUGGAUACAGCGGUCAAAACUGUGAAUCUGCUAGCAACCCAUGUGCCAGCUCCCCAUGCCAGAAUGGUGGUGUGUGUGUGAACAAAAUCAGUUCAUAUUCCUGUCAUGCGUGUCUGGAUUCUCUGGCACAAACUGUGAAAUAACUCCAUGUAGUAACAGUCCUUGUCAGAAUGGUGGUGUAUGCAGGGUUACGGGAAGUAUAUACCAGUGCACAUGUGCUAAUGGCUGGUCAGGAACCACGUGCAGUCAAGGUGGGCCGUGUAGUUCUAAUCCCUGUCAACACAGUGGAACCUGUGUGGCUACCACGAUCUCGUCUUAUAUGUGUACGUGCACUGCUCUAUAUAUUGGAACCAAUUGCGAGACUCAAU